AUGAGCGUAAAUUCCUUCAGUUCCGGUCUUACAUAUAUUUAUUUGAGCUUGGGUUCAUUACUUUCAGGAAACGAAGUACGUACUCUAGUUGACUUAGCUGCUCGUGUUACCGCACGCAAUUAUUCAUUCCAAAUGUUGGAGACAUCUUAUCAUGCGAUCUCAGCUGAGAGAAGGCGGAUGAACCUUCUCAGAAGUGUUGAAGAUAGUAAUAUUGUAAUUUUUGAAAGUGAUUUCGUGGAGCACAGUGCCAUUCCUGAUAAGUUCUUCUUGGGGAUAAUACGAUGGUGUUUUCCUGAUAAUGAAGCAGAUGUGCGCUUAUACAGUUGUUUGGCCAAUGGCAGCUCCGAUGAAUUUGAUAGGGGCGAGUAUCUGUACCAGACGGGUGCAGUACAAGAUGUUUUCCAGAUAGGUUACCAUAUUUCCGGUGUAGUGAAUGUGAAAGGUGCAUUAACCGUAGAUACUCGAAAAGCUGUCCCUCCUAGUCGCUCAAAAGCGGGAACUUAUAAUGUCUCCGUACAAGUUGACAGAUGUCGCGUGGUAUCAUGCAGUUGUUCAUGCGUUUUCAAAGCAUCAUGGUGUCAACACGUUGUGGCUUUAUGUUUAUAUAGACUGCAUAGAAGUGAUGAAGUGGAGUAUCGUGUUACAAUUUGGGAUUCUAUCAACGAACUUACGAACGAAAAAUUGAAAAAAUUAGCCCAGUUUCUUAUCAAUGAUCUUCCUCGACAAUACUUGCCCGUGGCUCAACGUCUGAUCGAUCAUUUGCGAGAUCCUAAAUCAGAAAUAAAUCUCGCUGUUGGUGCGCCAGAUCCAACUGACGGAGGUCAUGAAAAUGUUGCUAUUUGGUGCAUGGACCAGCGUACGCUUCAUGAAAACAUUCAUAACAUACUGAUAAAGUUUUGUAUUCCUGGGCCGACCGUUCACUGUGAUGUGCAAUAUUUAUCGUCGAAUCAGCCACCUACAGCCAGUGAAUGGACGUGUCUUUUCCGACCACACAGGACAAAAGAACCUGAAGGCUUGUGGAAUCUUCUGUCGAUAGUUCGUGAAAUGUUCAGGCGACGGGAUGAAAAUGCAACUAGCCUGUUGCACAUUAUCACGGAAGAAUGUAUGGCAUGCUCACAUGUCUUGACUUGGUGGUACCAAGGUGCUUUAUCACGUUCGGGCCGAUGGGCAUUUUGCAGCAGAAGCAAUUCUUUGCUGUCGAAUUUGAAAACACCUCAGAUCAACUGCUCUUCAUUGUGUGAUGAAAUAGUUCAGCUUUGGAAAAUUGCUGCAUUAAAUCCACGUUUGCAAUGUCUUGAAAGAGAGCAGUUGGCGAACUUCAUUCAGAUAUAUCAUCGAAAUGCUGUUGAUAGAAUUUGGGAGUACAUUUGUUUUUUGGGUAGUUCCCCUGCUGUUUCAUCGCAGCCUUCUAGUUCUGUCCUGACAAUUUCGGAUAGACAGGGGCACCGUUUAACAGCGCACAAUGCUCGGUUUACGGCAGAAUUAUUCCCUGGAUUUCUAAACGCUUUGAAAGCUUGUCAGAUCAGCUGGGAUAAUACAUUCGUUAAUGGAUUGCCAGCAGGACCAGAUCGUGUGCUGUCAAACUCGCAUGCACCACAUGUAUUAAUAGGUAUUACUAAUAGUCCUAACAUUCCCAUUCUCCAACGGCCUCUGCGAGUUUCUCAGGAUUCUAACGUGGUGGAUGCAAGGACAUCAUUUUAUUGCCCACCUUUGUUUAAAAUUGGAGAAUGUAUCUCUAUCCAUCAAGAGAUGUCACGCAAGAGAAAAAAAAGAUUUCGCCUCUAUCGUCGUCGAGGACAUCAAUUUAGUUUCCAUGGCGACCAAGGUUCUACCCGUUCUUCACGAAGUGUUAUGUCCUCUACACGUCAAGUAACUUCUGGAGAAUUAGAUGAUAGCGGUGAGUCAGGACAAGAAAGUGAGACUGGUCCGUCAAGAUCUAAAAGCAGUACUAGCAGUGACCCGAAGAGUCAAACAGAUGUUUCUGUUACUAGGCUUCGGAAAAAUGACGUUGAUGAGUUAUUUGCAAUCGCACAUGUACAGCAAUCAAAUUGGGAUAUAAAGUUCUCAAAAUGCGAGGCUUUGGUGGCACAUGGUUAUGAACAACAUGCAUGCGUAAUAGCAGAAGAACUUGCACAAGAAAUGCUACAUUGUCCUCCGAACUUAUUGUAUCAACCUGAACGUUGUGUGUCGGAAUUUUCUGUGACUCAGCAACAUAAGAGAAGGCUCUCACCACCAAGCUCUUCGAUUUCUAAUUCGGAAACUUCUGUACUCGAUGAGCAUCAUAUUGAGAAGUCCCAGUUGGCAGAAGAUACAUAUAUGAGAACAUUAUUCCUGGUUCAAACUUUGAUGAAGAAGCCAACAACUCAUCAAUUGGCAUUCACACUUGCUAUUUCAAUACUUGAAUUACCUCGAAGUCCUGCUGUAAACAGAUUUCUUGAGGUCAAACUGUACUUUUUGGAGACAGAAUUGAUUGGUUUAUUGCGAAGAAUAGAAAUUGGAACAUCUGAGCUGCAGUUAAUCAGAGAUCGAGCUAGAGACUUUGUGGAAAAUGCCAGUUUCCUUUCUGCUGUACCUCAACUUUGUGUUUUACCCAUAUCUUUGGGUCAUUACAUUCUAGACUCCUUGUCCUUUUCUCAGAUUACCUAUCAAGGGCGUCGUACUGGGAGUGGUAUUGUGAUGAAAAGUGAUGUGGAACGAAAUCCGUCUGAUGAACAACUUGCUAUGAAGGUUGCGUUAGAAGCACUGGGGAUGAAAUUAUUAGUUUCCGAGGCUGAAUACCCAAUGUUAUGUGAAAGCACACGUUUACAACGUGCAGAUUUAGCCCUCACAAUGUUGUUAAGAUAUAAGGAUGAUAUGAGCAGGUUGGCUUUGGUAUUGGACAAACUUCUCGACCCAUGUAUGCAUCGCAUAGAUCACCAGUCCAACGCAGCCUUUUUUUUGGAUCAAGUUCCAGCCUACAAAAAAUAUUUCAAUAGACAACGACCACAAUUUCGUCCCGGGGAUGAAUUUCAUUAUGAUCAAGCUAGAAAAGUCGAAAACGUGUGUUUAUUCGACGCAGAGGUAGGGACGAACGUAAGAAACAUUCACGAAGAAAAUAUAAAUAGGAAUGGAGCAAUUAACGAAGCGGAACAAAUGGUCAGUAGCUUCGUGCAUUUGUCGCAUGACUCUCCAGACGAUUCUUCAUCUAUAACAUCUGUCAGUAGACGACGUUCAUCUGAUGACGGCAAUGAGAGUAUAUAUGAUGAAAGUAGUAGCUCAGGAGUUACAAGAUGUUUUCAACGGGGCAUACUCCGUGAAUACCAGUCAACUUCCUUGGGAGCACCUGAUUCUCCAUCACCAUCUUAUCGAUUGUCGAAUGCAGAAAGCAAGACUGAUUUCUCUUCGACUACAGUUCAUUCUGUAGACUCAAGUGUAUUUGUCAGGCACAAUCGGCGGAAACAAGCUCUAGUUCUUCCUAACCAUGUCUCCGAAGGGCAAGCUCAUUGCAUGAUGGAAUUGGCAAAACGUUUGCUUCUUGAAGCUGGUGGUAGUCAGAACACCGUAAUUUUCAAUGCUGCGCAAGGCAAUCAGAAUAAUUCGCUACGCAGUGGUCCUCAUCGUCAUUUACAUAUCUGUUCAUUUUUAAUUGGACUUUAUGCGUUGGGCCUGAACAAUUUAUUAUCAGCAAGCUGGCAAACUCGAACUUACAGCACCAAUGUUAGCUGGAUACAUGGCCAGGCAGUAGAAAUUGGUUGUGCUGCCAUUGAGAUAUUAGAAGAAGUUUGGGAAACCCAUUUAACACCGACGGAGGUGGCUGCAUUAGCUGAUAAGGCCAGUCAAAGUCGUGAUCCUUGCAUGGUUGAAGCAGGUGCAAGGCUCGCAUUAUCUGUACUUCCGAAAGCUUAUGCUCUAACUGCUGCCGAAAGUCAAAAAGCUUUACAUCAGUGCAAAGAGCAUAGUUCAGAAAUGCUCGAAAAGGCGUGUCGUGCUGUUGAACAGGCAGCAGAAAAGGAUGGUGUUUAUCCAGAGGUUCUUUUUAAAGUUGCACGACAUUGGUUUGACUUGUUUUUGAAAUCAGAAGUAGAAAAUAAUCUUCAAGCAGCUUAUCAAAUAGGGGUUUCAUCACUACAGUCAUUGUACUCAGUUACUGCUCCUCAGUUGUACACCGAUGCAAUGCAACAACAGACUAUGUAUUCAGUAGCUACUUCGCAAGCAAGGUUACAAAUAUCUGUGCAGUGCAGACCUCAGUCCUUACCAUAUGCACCAACAUCGUUCCAUGUUCACCACCAUCAUUCAGGACCACCAAAUCGUCCUCCAGUGUAUGUACCUCCGGUGUCGACUCAGCCACAGGUCGAGAUCCAUUUUUCACCGCGAGGACCACUACCAAUGGGUGCUUUGUCGAUGGUAUCAUCCCACCAUGGUCCUCGACAACGAUUAAGUGCUAUUUAUAAUCCUAUUGUUAAUACGACUCCAUCGCGUGCGUUACACGUCAGUCGUUCAGCUCCUAACUUGGGCCCUAUUCCAACAGUCCAUCUGUCAAGGUGCAACCAACCUUUAGCUGUUUUGCCGCAACGUCCUCUUGUUAUUGGUGCUGGAGGGACGCAUCGUCAGUUUCCAUCUGUCGGAGAGCAGGGUACUCAGGAAAUUCCAGUAAAUGGUCUACACCAUUUACCUCCUCCUACAUCACUUGUAAUUUGUCCAGCAGUCUCACAGCCAGUUACAUAUUUUGAACAGGGUAGUACUCAGCAUCCGGUAAACGUUUCAUUGUCUUCAUCAAAUUCAUCUGUUAUGGGGGAUCCACGUAUGGCAAAACUUGUACAUGCUCAUCGCGUAGGAAUGAUUGCUAUGGAAACUAUGGGGAGUAGGAACUUAGAUGAUAAUCGUAGCUAUGCAAAAUUUUCACAGAAUCCUGCUUAUGCGGAGGAUGUUCACUGGCUAUUCCGAGUAGCAACACGAUUGGGUGGAGUCUUUAUUCAAAGCUUUUGCGAAGUGGCAGCUCGUUCUAUUGCUUCACCAUUUGUUCUAUUUUCUUUGGCUGUCGAAUCAGCCAAGUGGCAAAUACCAUCGGUUGGCUAUCAUUCUCAACCUGUUCUUCAACCAAUUCUACCUCAUUUGAACGGUGGUCCACCAAAUGUGCGAGCGGUACUUUUACAAAAUGGUUGCGCUCCUCCGACUGCAGAUUUAAUGCAGCGUUGUAUUGAAAUGUUUUACGCAGCAACGAGCUCCAAGCUUAGUCAUCCUCGUUUCGUUCCCUCAGAUGUUGAAGAAGUGAUUCAGCUUAUAAAAGCAGCUAAAGAAGCAUUUUACUGGGUACCAGGAGUAGGAAAAUUUUUGUUCGAUGAUUUCAUGCGACAUAAAGUGAUUCGUGAGUGCACUGGAAGUUCAGCUGAAUAG